CUGCCGCUCCUGGAGCUGCUUGUGUGCUCGUUCGGUGCGGACCUGGUACCUCUUUUGUGAAGCGGCAGUGAGGAGACUCCGGCGCUCGCCAUGGCCGACGAAAAGCCCAAGGAAGGAGUCAAGACUGAGAACAACGAUCAUAUUAACUUGAAGGUGGCGGGGCAGGAUGGUUCUGUGGUGCAGUUUAAGAUUAAGAGGCAUACACCACUUAGUAAACUAAUGAAAGCCUAUUGUGAACGACAGUUGGAAAUGGAGGAUGAAGAUACAAUUGAUGUGUUCCAGCAGCAGACAGGAGGUGUCUACUAAAAGGGAACCUGCUACUUUACUUCAGAACUCUGUUCCUACAGACCAAGAAUACAUUCUUAAUUAGAAAACUGCAAUUUGGUUCCACCACAUCCUGACUACUACAGUAUAGUUUUCUCUAUUCUUUCAUUUUCCCCUUCCCCAUUCCUUUAUUGUACAUAAAGUAACUGGUGUAUGUGCACAAGCAUAUUGCAUUUUUUUUAACUAAAUGGCCAAUGAUAUGUUUUGAUUGACAUCAAAUGGAGAUGGGAUGGGGAAAAAUACUGGUUCUGUGAAAUUAUCCCCUUUCUCCAUUAGUGGCAUGCUCAUUCAGCUCUUAUCUUUAUAUUCCAGUAAGUUAUUUUGCUCUCACUGUUUUAACAAAAAACAAAAAACAAAAAACAAAAAAACCUGAACAACAUAAAAAUCCUUGCAUACCUUGUUCGAUUGGAGAAUUUUAAUGUUUUUCAUUUAUCAUUGUAAAACCAAGGACAAUUUUAUAACUUUUUUGUACGUAGCUGUUACAUGUAGGGCAAUCUGUCUUUAAGUAGGGGUAA